GUUCGUAGAAGCGGGAGUGGGACGUUUCAGGGACGAAUAACCAGGACGUGCAAGAGUACUCUCACCUAAUCGUUUGGCAUCCUUCAUAUUAAGGAUACAUCACAAAAUAAAGCAGUGUCCUCAUGCUCUGAGAUUUCUAUGCACCUCCUAGACAAUAGAUGUGACAUAUGUGUCAGUGCAAAGAUUGUGUUGCCAGGGAGGUUAGUAGAGCCACUGACACGCAGCACAAUGAUGAUGUCACUGAUUCUACUGCUGGGGACACUGGGGCUCCUUGUCCAGAAAUCAUCAGCAGAUAUAAUUCUGACCCAGUCUUCUCAAUUUCAGUCUGUUAGUCCAGGAGAUACUGUCUCUAUCAGCUGUACAGCCAGUUCAAGUACUGGUAAUCAUCUCCACUGGUACCUGCAGAACGGAGAAGUUCCUAAACUCCUGGUUUAUACUGGUACAACCCGUCAGUCUGGGAUUCCAGGUCGUUUCAGUGGGAGUAGAUCUGGUAGUUCAUAUACUCAUUACACUCUGACCAUCAGUGGAGUCCAGGCUGAAGAUACAGGAGAUUACUACUGUCAGCAGGGUUACAGCUUUCCGUUCACACAGUGUUAGAGCGUCGUACAAAAAUCUCCCUCAGCUGAAGAGGAACUGCUCUGACUCAACAGCCGCAAAGCUAAUGGCGUCUCCCGUAUUCUAAAGUACUCUAAACUCCAAAUAAUAAAAAUAUGAAACUACAAUA